GGUUGAGCAACAACGAAAGUCUUUUUCCCGUCUGAGGAACUGCCAACAAAUCUGUAAAAAUCGACGACAUCUUACGUUUUUAUUCCAUUUUUCAAUCGCCAUUAUUGACUGUGAUCGCUAUUCAAAAUUACCCACCCUCCCCCGCGCCGUUGAAAUUGGGCACUGUCGUUGGGGAGAGAAGUGAAAAAAGAAAAACAACAAGAUGAGUUUUCUGUUUGGGAGCCGUUCGUCCAAGACGUUCAAACCCAAGAAGAACAUACCUGAAGGAACUCAUCAGUAUGAUUUGAUGAAACAUGCAGCUGCCACACUUGGCUCAGGCAAUCUGAGAUUAGCAGUCAUGCUGCCAGAUGGAGAAGAUCAGAAUGAAUGGGUCGCUGUCAACACUGUUGACUUCUUCAAUCAGAUCAACAUGCUGUACGGCACAAUCACAGAGUUUUGCACAGAAGAAAGCUGCCCCAUCAUGUCUGCUGGCCCAAAGUACGAAUACCACUGGGCAGAUGGUCAAACAGUUAAGAAACCCAUCAAAUGUUCUGCUCCAAAGUACAUUGACUACCUCAUGACCUGGGUGCAGGAUCAGUUGGAUGAUGAAAAUCUAUUUCCAUCCAAAAUCGGUGUUCCAUUCCCCAGAAACUUUUUAUCAAUAGCCAAAACUAUACUGAAGCGCCUUUUCCGUGUCUAUGCUCACAUUUAUCAUCAGCAUUUCCCCGAGGUGGUACAGCUUGGGGAAGAAGCACACCUCAAUACCUCUUUCAAACAUUUCAUCUACUUUGUCCAGGAAUUUAGUUUAAUUGAUAGAAGGGAGCUGGCUCCUCUCCAAGAAUUAAUUGACAAGCUCGCCAACAAAGAAGGAAGAUGAACUAGUUGUCGCGGAUCGUGUUGUUGCAGCCACUUCAUAUCAUUUUUUUUAUUCAUGAGGCCUUGAAACUGUCAACUAGAGUCUGCUGUCAAUUCGUUUUACUUUUUCACAAGGAUUUAUACGUAGGAUCUGCCCUUCCAUCAAUGCCACCGUGCAUCUUUAUCACACACACACACACGAUUGAUAACUCCCCAAAACUUCACCAGAAGGAUCGGUCUAUCUUUACAAAUGUAUCCUAUUAUUGAUCGUCACAAAAUUGUUUAGGGAAAGCGUAUGAUUCGAAAAGAAAAAUUUUAAAAAAGUGCUUUGUCCACAUUGAUGAGUGAGGUCCCCCCCCCCCCCCAUAAUCACGUCACAUUUUUUAAAAGAAAUCCUAGCGCGAUGAUUUUCCUUUUUGCUUUCAUGAUGAUGGCGUUUUCCUCCCAUCUCUGAUGAAGUUUCCGAGAUAAAAAAAAAGCCUCUCCCUUGUUAGACUGUCGGUGAAACAAAACAAAAAAAUUAUACUUUAUAUUAUUAUUAUAUAAAUAAUUUUGCGCGCAAGGUGAGAACGGCCACGAAAAUGUUCUUGUUCUUUUUUGUUUGUUUACCUUGUAAGUGUAAAUAAACAAGUCAUGUAAAUACAUAUACAGACAUCGGUA